UGUUGUCAUCAGUAAUACAGCUUGAAACGUAAAGCGGUACACAUACAGGGAGAGAGUUUGACAUUUAGCCUCACUUUCUGUCUUUUGGAGGCAAUAAUUGUUCCUACCUCUUGCAAAGCAGCUUCAGGUUCUCAGGUAUCAUGUGCACGAUGACGCCUGUUGUUGCUUAACCAGGUGGAAUUGCGCAUCCUGUGCAUAGAGCAGGGCAGUGUUGCUGCUGUGAGAGAAGAGGGAAGUGAAGGGUUCUGUCUGCUGAGAGGUAGUUCUGCUGAUGGGAUGAGCAAGCUCCAAACGGGCAGGAAACCCUCGUGGUUGCUUUUAAGCUUGGAGUUUAGGAAGAGCUGAGAACUGGACAGCCUUGAGAACCGGGCCCUUGCCAGUGAGAAAAUGGUUUCUUAUUCCUGAUGGCACUUCUGAGCUCUGAGUUGUGUUCCUCAGCUUUCAUUCUGAGUAUGGCUGACAACAGCUCGUCUGGAGAGUUGGCUGGUGGACAAACCGAGCCUCAAGAAACAGCUUCAAGGUCUCACACCUUCAAAGCCAAGUCUUUUAAGAAAUCCAAAAUCUGUGGAAUCUGCAAACAAGUAAUUGAUAGCCAGGGCAUUUCCUGCAGAGUUUGCAAGUAUGCCUGCCACAGGAAAUGUGAAGAAAAGGUGGUGACACCCUGCAUCUUUCCAAGUAACUACGAGCUGACUAAUAACUCUGAGGCUGUUAAAAAUCAUGUAACCAGAACUAAUUCCAGCAGCGCUUCGAAGAGCUCCUCUUUCAGUUGUGACAAAGCAUCACGGCAAGUAUUUCUUUCCUAUUUUGUGUAGUACUGUCACAUAGUGCUGUGGUGGGUUUAGGUUUUGUUA